AGGCUUUCGUCAACUAAGCUGACCAAGUAACCGAAUAAAGGCAGCCACCAUAAUAGGACAUUGGACUCACGGGAUGCGGCGAUGAUGCACGGAUUUCUGAACGUAAAAGCGGAGGGGCGGGGCAACGUCACGGCAUCCCAGCAUUCCAGUUUUUCAUAGGUUGAUUGAGUAAACGAAAAUAUAUAAUGAAAACAAUUGCGUGCGGUUACGUGCGGUUAUCCUCGCAGCCCACCGUGUGAGACGAAUUCUAAAAAGAGGGAGGCACUGCUGCAGCCCAGCGAGGGUAUCUUUGUCUGCUAGUCACGAGAGCUGACAGCUCCGGCGGGCGGGUCCUGCGCAGCUAUAACCACCACCUGAAGAUCUCUGCAUCCUUCAGUUGGAGUAAAACACAUUCUCGGUGAUCAUCUAGCUACAAUCAGAAGAUGGAGGGGCAGAAAGAAAAGCAAGUCACAGGUUACCUCCUGUUCUCUCUCGGCACCGCUGUCAUCGGCUCUCUGCAGUUUGGUUACAACACAGGAGUCAUCAAUGCUCCAGAGCAGAAACUACGAUCUUUCUUCAACGAUACCUGGGUCGAGCGUUAUGGCGAGCCCAUCACCCCCGGGGUCUGUACCAUCGUCUGGAGUGUCUCCGUCGCCAUCUUCAGUGUGGGCGGUAUGAUGGGCUCCUUCAGCGUGGGCGUCAUGGCGAACCGGUUUGGCAGGCGUCGCUCCAUGUUCCUGGUGAACAUUCUAGCGGUGAUCGGCGGCCUCCUCAUGGGCUUCUCCACCAUCUGCUCCUCCUAUGAGAUGGUGAUCGCCGGUCGCCUGGUCAUCGGCCUGUUCUGCGGGCUCUUUACCGGUCUGACUCCCAUGUACGUGGGCGAGGUGUCACCAACUCCACUACGAGGGGCCUUCGGGACUCUUCACCAGCUCGGUGUGGUAGUGGGCAUCCUCAUCGCUCAGGUCUUCGGGCUGGAGGGUCUGCUGGGCUCAGCCAAGCUUUGGCCCCUGCUGCUGUCCCUCACUGUGGUCCCUGCUGUACUGCAGUGCAUCCUGCUGCCCUUCUGCCCUGAGAGCCCUCGCUUCCUGCUCAUCAACCUUAAACAGGAGGAGCAGGCACGCAAAGCGCUGGUGCGUCUGCGUGGCAGUGAGGAUGUGAGUAAAGACAUGCAGGAGAUGAAGGAGGAGAGCGCCAAGAUGGCCAUGGAGAAGAAGGUCACCAUCCCAGAGCUGUUCCGCUCCGCAGCGUACCGCCAGCCGCUGCUCAUCGCCAUCAUGCUGCAGCUCUCCCAGCAGCUGUCAGGGAUAAAUGCUGUGUUCUACUACUCUACAGGCAUCUUUGAGUCAGCAGGUGUGAAGCAGCCCAUCUACGCCACCAUCGGAGCCGGCAUCGUCAACACCAUCUUCACUGUUGUUUCUCUCUUCCUGGUGGAGAAGGCGGGACGGAGGACUCUGCACCUCCUGGGAUUGGCUGGAAUGGCAAUCAGCGCCGUACUGAUGACCGUCUCCCUCCUGCUGAAGCACUAUACUGUGAUGAGCUACAUGGCCAUCGUGGCCGUCAUGAUGUUCGUGGCAUUCUUUGAGCUGGGCCCCGGUCCAAUCCCAUGGUUCAUUGUGGCCGAGCUGUUCUCCCAGGGGCCCCGCCCCGCCGCCAUGGCUGUGGCCGGCUGCUGCAACUGGACGGCCAACUUCCUGGUUGGAAUGAGCUUCCCCAAGCUAGUGGAAUGGUGCGGGCCUUGGGUCUUCCUCAUUUUCACCGGCUUCCUCAUCCUCUUUUUCAUCUUCACCUUCAUUAAAGUCCCAGAGACGAGGGGCAAGACCUUCGACGAAAUCGCCCGCGAAUUUGGCGGUCCGCCUCCAAACCUCUCCACUCCUGAGGGCCACCCUGCCAGCGCCAGCACCGCCACCACGAUGCCCGCCUCCCCGGUGAAGGAGAAGGUCCCGCUGGUGGAGGCUCCGGCAGCAACCCCAUCACCUGCAGCUGAAAACACACCUCUUGAGGAUAAAUCAAAAUCCACAGUGCAGGACAGUGUGUAGAGCGGCUUUAGAUACCAGUUUGAAUGAGUAAGGGGGUUACAAAUCAAGGAAGAAUCACUGAGAUUUAAAAAGUGCUGUAAAUAUCACACCUUCGAUCAGUAAAAACGAUACAAUGUUAUAAUACAGAAGGACAGCAUCAUCAACGUAUAGGCUUUGACCUGUAAAAGGGUCAUACUUUCUGCUUCUUCUUUUUCUGUGACAUUUCCUAGAAUUCCUUCUUUUAAAUACUCCCUUCCUUAAAGGGAAGCAGUCACUUUACAACACUGCAGAUUAAAUUAACUGUACAUUCCUCGGAAUUAUUCAUUAAAAAGGGCGAGUCUUUUUCAGGACGACACUUAUCGAACACGGCAAACGUGGGCUGUGUAAAAGUAAGUUGUCUCUAAAAGUUGUUACCUUAUGGUGUCCUGAAAAGAUCCCGGUACAUGUCCAUCACUGCAGACUAGAGGCAGAGUGUGUUGACACUUCUCAUACACUUCUGAGUUCAGGUCCAUGGUGGUGACAUGGAUCGCAAAGAUGCACUUUUUUUACUUUAUAUUCCUGUUUAGGGAGGAUAUUUUAGUGCAAUAUACCUUACUAGUUUAGUGACUUUUGUCCAUAUUUUGUCUGUUAAUUUGUGGUAAUAUUUUUGGGAAGCCUUCCAAAAUCACAGGUCUAAGAAGGGAUUAUUCAACCUUAUGCUCUGCCUGCAGCUCCAUACUACGAGCUGACAGGCUGGAGAACUUUUUAGCGAUGCCAAAGUAUUGAAACUAUUUGCCAGCUGGUGAACACAUGCAACCUUAUAUGUGUUGGCAGCAUCCACAGGUCUCUAGUGUAUUUAUUCUGAAUAGUAAAUUGGUAUUUGUAAACUGUAAUCCAAAAGUUGAUUUCACUUUUUUAAGAUCAGAGCUUCCCUUGCUAUCUUUAGUGAUUCAACCAGGCUCAGUCUUGGAUGCUGGUUAUUGUAGGUGCUGCAUUUAAACCAAAUACACAAAAUGUACUCUUAACCAGAUAAUUUUGUUUUUAAAAAACCCAUUAAAUUCUGAUUGACAAGACAAUACUGUAUAUCGAGGCAAAUAGAUCUUUACUUGUUCAAUCUUUUUGGACUGUGACCUGUGGAUACAAACAUGUAAGCUGAUGUGUUUUACACAAUUAGAUUCCAAUAGGGUAAUGUGCAAUGUAUAUUUUGUUGAAGAAAGAUAUCAUAUUUAUUACCUUACAAAUUGAUUUUUCUAUAAAGUAUAUAAUAGAAAUACACUAAAGCUAAUUUAGAAUCGUAAUGCUUUCCAACUAGGACCUUUGGGAUUAAAGCUAAAUAUUGCGCUACAUCACAUAAAGUAAAAUGAUGUAAAUCUUAUGUGUUAGAUGCACUUUGUUAACCUGAGAAGCAGCAAAGCGAGCAUUAGAGCCACAAUCAAUAAUGUAGAAAAGUACAAAAUAAAACCAUAUUUACCUGGCCUAGCUGUUAUUAAAUGAAAUACUGUAAGAGUCAUAUAAAAUUUGCAAUUAAUAAUGAAACUGCAGCUUUAACAAUCUAGAGGCUGAUUAUGAAGGGAGGAAACUAAAGGGAAAGUACUAAUAAUGUUUAAGUAUAAGGUAAUAAUAUGUUACUGGAAGACCCACUUGUCAUUGAAAUUCAGUUCCUAAUAUGGUUAAUUAAUAUGAUUUUCUUUAUUUCUCUUUUUCCACAAAGGAAAUCACUACUCCCUUGUUGUGUUCACCAGUCACAUGUUAUGACUGACAGCACGAAAUUACGUUAGUGUAGUUUCAAGGAAAGGUGCUAAUGUUUUCACAGAUGAAUUCACAGAUUGAAGUUUUAGUUUCUCUAUUUCUUUGAAGAAAUAAGAAAAGUUAGGUGCUUUAAAAAAAAAUUAUUAUUAAAAGAAGAGAGGUAAGAAAAGUCAUCUCAAAUAUUUCCAACUUCUGGCAUUUAAGAAAAAUCAAAAAAUGAAAUCUGUCUUCAGAGCAAACUGGAAAUUGUUUAAGAAUGGAAACGACAGUCGGGCUUCAAGUAAAAAAAAAUUAAAUACAUUUUAGAAAAAUAAUUUUGGCAUAAAACUCUGAGAUGUGCUAAAUUAUUCCAUGCUGACAUGUUGCGUGAUACUUCACAAAGAAAGUGUUUGCACUUUGUAUGACAUUUAAAUUGAAUGUGACUUUUGACACCUCAGUAAAGUGAGUGAUGAGGAAGUACCGCUUUAGAAAAUAAUAAAUAACCAAGUAUUUGCUCCAUAUACCAUUCAAACAUCCUUGUUUGUUGUCUUUAGAGACUCAAAAGGAGAAGCUUCCCAUGUAUUUCUGGCUUUAUUGGACAGGCGCUUUCUAAAUUGUGACUGUCUGAAAAGUUAUUGUAGCAUCAUAACCCUUUUACAUAAGUAUGCAUUCCCAACAUUGUGCAGUAUGUUUGGUGUAUAAAUGUAUGACACAAAGUAUAUUUUCUAUAUUCUGUAUUGAUGGUAAUUCAUGCUGCACUUUGCUUUUAUUUAUGUAUGUACUGUAUGUCUUAUUUUUUGGCUACACUGGGAAGAUAUUUAUCAUGGCAAGUAAUUCAAAUGACUUUGACAGAGGUGUAACUAGUCAAGAAUGGACUGAUAACCGGAAGAUAUGUCACUAUUUUUUGAAGAAAAGUAAGCCUGUGAGACUAAUUUGAUGUGGUGAUACUGUAUGGGCUUGAUAAGAUACAUAUCUCCUACAGUGAUAGGAGAGUAUAUAAUGGUCGGAGUCUUUGCUUUGUUGUGUAUCGCUGUGUUUGUGGAAGAUAGUGACUUGCUGUGUUUGCACCGGGGGAUGUGUGACUUACACUCCUCACAUGGCAGUGUUUAGUGUUGUAUUCAUGCAAGGUCCCGCUUCUAUCCCUGGCUACACCUCGAUGCUCCUAUAGGACACUAACACUGAUCUUUACCAAACCUGAGUCUAGUUUUGAUUUCAAAUGUUUCUAUUAGCUUUCCCCAUGUCAGGUUUGAGUCUUUCAAUCUUUCAAAAUUGAAUUUACCUCCGAGAUCUUUACUUUUUCUCUGAGGUAAAAUGUGGUUAUCUCUGAAGAAACGUUUAGGAAUUGUGUAAAAAUAGGAAGUUUUAAAUGUGCUAAAAAUAUGAUUAUUUUGACAAGAAGGGAUGUUGCAGGUCAGGGUGCAAUCACACUUCCAACUUGCAUUCUCUUUUUUAAACUAUUGUGCAGAUGUUAAUAUUAUUUGUUUUGUUGGUAAAACUGCACAUUUACAAGUAAAUCAGGGAUUGAAAAUGAAUCCAAUAGACUAAGCAGCAUUAAUUAUCCCCUGGUUUUAACUGUUAAAGUCAAAUAAAAGACAGCAGAAUUCAGAAAGUAUGUGAAAUCAUUUUAAACAAACGAAGGGACGCAGGUGCUUGCUGUUCCUAAGCCACCAAACACCUUCAUGCAAAUUCACAACCCUUCGCUCACUGUACAAAGAUAUAGGAGAAUAUACGUUUUCAUUUGUAAAUAUGUAUUUUUUAAAAGAAUAUUUAUAUGUUGACCUGCUAGGUCAUACGUGUGUUCUUCUUAUUAUUUGUUUGGGGUGCACAUGUUCAUUUUGUUGAAAAAAGGAACAGAUUUGAGUUGAUUUAAGGUGAAAAUCUCUUUAAACUAAGGCACAUUUAAGAUUAUUUUGUGUGUGUGAACAAGAUCACUAACUAACUUCUAUCUAUUUUAUCUUUACGUGUUUUUAAUCACUCAACCACAGCCAUGUUGUCUUCCUGUGUGCCUCAUCAGAAUACACUCACAGCAGUAGAUAGUAGUGAAGGUAUGUCAUGUUUGUCAGCCACCAUCAUGUCGUCCUUUUGGGUUCUUUAAAAAAGGGAAUUGCAAAAAUGAGGCCUGCUGCCAACAUUGUCAAAAGCCAAGGAGUUAUUUACAAACCAAGCAAAUAUUACGGGUCAACAAAGAUCUGCAACAAUAUCCAAACCAUUGCUACCCAUAAAAUGAAUCAUGUACUUUCACAGGCUUACAUCUGACUUGCAUUGAGGUGCUUUGGCUAGGUGUUCUUUGUUUUAUAUUUUGUUUGGUCCUGAUCUAUGUUAAUAAUGUAUUGUCUAUAUCCUGUAAUGUAAAUCUGCUAUUUGUGCCUCAUACAGCUCAACCUUCGCAGAUUGUUAUUCAAUGUGUGUCACUGGAGUGAUUUUAGACACAAACGGUCAUUGUCUUUAAGCUUGGCUAAGACAAGACUCCACUAAUUGAUACAGGAUGUACUUACAUUAUUCUGUUAAUGAGUUUUGUGUGAUUAACCAUGGCUAAUGUGAAGGUAAUGAGCUGAGCAGAUGACAUUGUAGCUUCUGUGCUUUUCAGGCUUUUCAAUAUUUCCCUGUGUCACACCAGUACUGCACCCCAGCUGUCUUUGUUUCACUUGUGUUUUUAUUGUAUAUAACAGAUAUAAUGUUGUUAAAUAAAAUAUUCAUCAUGUAA